AGCGGUUCGUUUUUGUUUGUAAAUAGGGAUCGGUGGAAAAUCUUUUAUGCCUGAUUAAACUACAGUACAGUAUUCAUCUUCGUUUCGAUUGUUAGGCAUAAGGUCGUACAUAAAUUUAAAGUCGAAUGAUAUAAAUAUCCCAGCGUUUGUAAAUUUCAAACCAAAUUGUAACAGAUGAAAACAAUUUAAACAGUUACAUAAUUCAAUGUUGAGUGUAUUUUAGAAAAUUAAAUUUGAACAAUUAAAUUCCAAAAUUAGUUUAAAAAGGAUAACGGUUGAAAUAUGAAAAUCGUGGACAUGACCGAGUCAAAUUCAACGUAGCCGCAUAGCAAACAAUUCACGCCUGCCGAUAAACAAAAAAACAGUAAAGUUCACAUGGGAAAUUUGCGAGCGGAAUCCGGUGUUCAGUUAUAAUUUGUGAGUGGAUUAACUGUUGAGAAAUAGUUUGUACAGCGAGAAAUAUUGAUCCCGGCAGUUCCGUGUUUAUAUGUAUCUCUACUUGGCAACUGAUUCGGACGGCAGACAUGGAAAGGGCGAAGAGCGUACUGUCAAAUGACCUUCUUUACGGGCGUUUGGUGCACGCGUUGUAGUGGAACGGCACAAAAAUUAUCCAUCCCCAUUUUACACCCGCAUUUCCGCUCCGAAGCACGACGACGCCUUCAUAUUCCUAUAAAACCCGUAGAAGUCCUUUUCCCCCCUAGAAACCUUGAGGGAAUAAAAUGUCAAGAAGGAGGAAAAGCAAAAGCAAAACGCAGGAUUCUGACGAACCCACCGAGCAAAAUAAAAGUCACUUACUGCACAGAUUUGGACAAAUCCGUACUAAUAGGAAACUUCGAAAAACGCGGUUGGUCUCAGGUCGGCCCUGAAGACGAUUGGAAUUUUUAUUGGGCAGGAAUACAGACAUGCAGAAAUCUAUUCAGCCUGGAUAGCGGGUAUCGCAUGAACGACCAUCAAACAAUAAAUCAUUUUCCAAACCAUUAUGAGUUGACAAGGAAAGAUCUGCUGGUUAAAAACAUUAAGAGAUACAGAAAAGAACUGGAACGAGAAGGAAACCCUCUUGGCUCGAAGUUAAAUGGAAAAUACAUCUUCCUGGAUUUCAUUCCAAUUACUUUCGUAUUACCCGCUGAUUAUAACAUGUUUGUUGAAGAAUACCGUAAGAAUCCACAAAGUACGUGGAUUAUGAAACCAGUAGGGAAAAGUCAAGGGGCUGGAAUAUUUUUAAUAAAUAAACUUUCCAAAUUGAAAAGAUGGUCUAGAGAAGCAAAAGCUCCUUUUAAUCCUUCUGUUGUAAAAGAAUCAUACAUUAUAUCAAGGUACAUUGAUAACCCAUUACUGAUAGGAGGAAAGAAGUUUGAUAUGAGACUUUACGUUUUAGUAACAUCGUUCAGACCAUUGAAAGCUUACUUAUUUAAGCUGGGCUUUUGCCGAUUUUGUACGGUCAAGUAUGACACUAGCAUACAAGAGCUGGACAAUAUAUUUGUACAUUUGACCAAUGUGUCUGUACAGAGGCAUGGGGGCGAUUAUAACAGCAUGCACGGAGGAAAGUUAAGCGUUGACAACUUGAGGCUUUAUUUAGAGAGUACGAGAGGGAAAUGUGUGACUGACAAACUUUUCCAAAACAUCACAUGGUUGAUCGUCCACUCGCUAAAAUCCGUAAGCUACAUCAUGGCAAACGACAAACAUUGUUUUGAAUGUUACGGCUACGACAUAAUUAUAGACAACAAUUUAAAGCCGUGGCUUAUAGAAGUAAAUGCUUCACCAUCGCUUACGUCCACAACAGUUAACGAUCGCAUUUUAAAAAACAAGCUAAUUGAUAAUAUAUUGUCUAUUGUGAUCCCCCCUGGUGGAAUACCAGACACAAAAUGGAAUAAAAUCCCUUCAAUAGAAGCCAUGGGAAAUUUCGAGCUGCUAAUAGAUGAUGAGUUUCUUCUACUCGACAAGGCAAAAAAAGGGCCUAUUGAAGAGGAAACAAAGCGCCCAAAGAAAAAGCGAAAUCAGAGGAGUUACUAUACUACCAAGAGUAUUCAGAAUACGUAAUUUUAACAAGAACUCUCCAUUUUACAGCUAGGAAAAAGUAUUGGGAUUUUACAGCCUUAUGUGGGUUAACUGUAUAUAUUUCUUUUUGGAAUAAUAAACCGAAAGCUUUUUCCCUUAA